UUAACUGACGCCCCACUCUCACUCCAGACAUCUUCGAGGUUACACGUACAGAACUUCCCUCAAUUAUAUCUGACUGUGUGCAGCUUUUACGAUCUACACAAGCAAAAUAGAGCUAUUGUUUAGUGGUCACAUUAAUGGUUUACCAUGGUGGUUUCGACUAUAUCUGAAGAUGUACAAAUCUCAGUUCGCGUGAACGAGAUUUAUUACUCGGACUAUUCUGAUACGCGGGUUAGGUGAGACAUUGCAGCACCUUUCUUCUGAGUUUGUGUAUAAAACAUUGUGAUAAAGCCCAGAUAUUUGAGAGACAUAGUGGCCACCAGGAAAGAAGAAUCUCCAAGGGUGAAUACAGGCAGAUCAUCAAAUGCCAAGUGAAAAGUCUAAACAGAAAGAUCGUGUUUUGGUUUUGAAAACUGAAGAGAUGGCUCGACUAGAUGCGAUUACUAUGUCGCCGUUGGUGAAAUCGUUUGUGGCAGGAUCCUUCUCUGGAACAUGUUCCACCAUCCUCUUCCAGCCACUUGACCUGGUGAAGACUCGCCUCCAGACCACCAUCACUAUACCAUCUGGUGGUUCUGUUGGCAUGUUUGCCAUAGUAGGCAAAGUGGUGCGUAAUGAACGUCUUUUUGGAUUAUGGAAAGGCAUGACUCCUAGCAUCUUCCGUUGUGUGCCAGGUGUUGGCCUGUACUUUUCAUCGUUGCAUUGGCUGAAGACCAACUUCUGUGAGGGUCAGCCAGGGCCUUUCGACGCCCUUAUGCUUGGGGUGGUGGCUCGUACCAUCACAGGCGUCACCAUGAUUCCUAUCACAGUCAUUAAGACACGAUAUGAGAGUGGAGUGUAUAGUUAUGGUAGUAUGAGAGAAGCUAUGUGUUCAAUCUACAGGAAAGAGGGCACCAGAGGCCUUACCUGUGGUCUGAUUCCCACACUUCUCUGUGAUGCUCCCUUUUCUGGGCUCUAUCUCAUGUUUUAUACACAAACAAAGAAGCGAGUACCACAGAGAUAUAUGGAAGGUAACAUGGCUCCUCCAGUUCACUUCACUUGUGGAGUGCUGGCUGGGGUCAUGGCAUCAGCAGUCACCCAGCCCUUUGAUGUUGUCAAGACUAAGAUGCAGCUUUACCCACACAAAUUCACCUCUUUCUAUGAGGCUGUCUGGUAUGUGAACAAGAAGUAUGGCCCACAGGGGUUCUUCAAAGGGCUGGUCCCUCGCAUGUUGCGACGUACUCUUAUGGCAGCCAUGGCAUGGACUGUAUAUGAACAGAUCACAAAAAGUUUUGGGAUGAAAUAAGCUUUGGAUUGACCAGCAGCUUAUGAAACCCGACAUCACGAAUGUGUAGAAGUGUAUGGAAUAUUAAUGAAGAUACUAUGAACUGCACGACAUAUCGAACGCGGCCGUCUGGUAUCGCCCCUUUAAAUCUCCGACGAGAUGUGUUUAUUUUAUUAAUAAUUUUAAAGUGACCGGCAUUGCUACCAUUUGAAUACCAAGCCCACUUACCAGCCCACAAAGUUGUAUAUAUAUUGAAGAAUUUAUGACCUGUAAUGGGACUGCACCAAUAGUAUUAUUUAAUCUAAUUUUCUGGGUAGUGUUCAGAUGGGUUGCAGUACAAUAUUGGUCAGUCAUUUCAUUUUGUGAAUGGAAAUGUUACAGUACAAUCUUGCAGCUUAAGUUACUGAUGAGAAUUGUAAUCAAUUUUAUUAAUAUCUUUGUGUUAGGGAUCAGAGGCUUCUACUGUGAUAAUUUAUGUUUCCUCUUGGUAGUCUUGUAAUGGGUGUAUGUUAAGUACCUUCUUUAAAGGCAUUUACAGAUUCUUGUGAAGUUACAAAUAACCCCUUUUACUAUUUUGUUGUUUUCAAGAUACUCUCCAUUUAGGUGAUUGUGUAAGGAAAUAACAUAAAAAUUAACUGUCUUUUGAGGGCCUCUGUUAGAAAAUAACUGCCAUUUGUGACUUCCUUGAUAAUCAGUGUCAAGUAUAUUAAUUAUUAUCAUUUUCACAAGUUUAACUAUUAUGAAUUGUUGGGGUUAUUUCAUUAAACACUGAACUAUUUCUCAUGUGCCUCUCAUCCUAUUCCUAAUUUUUAUAAAGUCUGUGAUUUUGGAUGGCUGGAGAAGCAUGAAAAUGGUACAGUUACAUUUGAAUUAACUUGUAAAAUGCAGUUUAUAAUUUGUGGAAAUUAUUUGGUCAACCUCAUUUUAGAGGUUAUUUAUAUAAAUACCAUACAGUAAAAAUAACAGUAUAU